AUCCUCACACUUCAAGCCCACAGUGUGAUUGGUGUAAAAUCCUGACACUACAGGUUCCUUACUCCAGGAUGAGUGUAUUGCUUCAUCUAUUGCUCCUUGUUCCUUCUGUUGCUAGUGUUAGUUUAUCACUGACAAAUGGAGAGGUUUGUGAAGGAGUUGUUGCUACUUGGACCUGUGUUGUUAAUAAUUCUUACAAUGGGAUUUCAGUAGCAUGGCAUAACAAUGGAGAAACUGCAUAUCCACUUAACACUUUAGCUCCACUGGGGCCAGAUAGUCCAUUCAAUGCCACACUUACCUCUAUUAAUAGCAGUGUCAUUGUAUCAAUAGCAACUGCUAGACUAACCAAUAUUGUAAGAGGAUCAUUGCUGGAGUGUUCUGAUGAUAGAUUCAUGUCACCUAGCACAAAUGUUACUUUGAAUUUUGAAGGUCCAGUAGCUGCUAAUCUUAGCUCACCUGUGUUUCUUGGAGUCGAGCCACAUGUGCAGGAUCAUACAAACUUUCUAUUUAUCUCUCAGUUUAUGAAGUUGAUUGACUUCUGGUGAGUACAGCUUUGGGUUAACCAGUGUCAAUUAUCCUGGAAUUGAUAUUGGCUCUAUGAAUAGUACAUCCAUUCCUUGGAAAGUAGGUAUUACCAGUUCCACCAGCAACACAAGUAAGUACUAGUCUAUCACCAGGACACACUGGAGUAUGAGGUGGAGAGGUUUGAGUCAAUGUUACUGCUGUCAGAAUCGAUUG